AUGCCAUCCGAUUCGAGUUCUGAAGAACCUUUACAGUCUGCCAACAAUGAUCGUCUUCCAACACCAUUGCUCGAUGACAUUGCCGAUGAUCUCUUACCUUUCGAAGAGAUAUCGAAGUUGCAGCUCCAGGAAACUCCAAUCGAAGGACCUGGUCGAUUACUUAAGAGCAAGAAAGGAAAGCUGACCUUGAGUUCAAGUGUUACUGACAUGAACUAUGAUAAAAAAAUCAAAAUGCUCAGAAAUCGAUCAGCAAAAACUUACAAAGAUCAAGAGCCGAAAACAGUCCAGCUAGAAUCGGUAAUGGAUUUGAUCAAUCGUCGAGACACCUUCGUUCUUGCUGGGACAGGCGUCGGUAAGAGCCGAAUAGCCGAGAUGUAUUGGGAUCUCUUCCCCAAAUACAAAAAACCAAUUGUUUUGGUCUUGAAUCCUCUCGACUCCCUGGGGGAUAAUCAGGUUGAGGAGAAAAAUGCGCUCAAGAUAACCGCGGUCAAUCUGACUAAGAUGAACUUGAAUGAGACUGUAGAACAGAAGAUUUUGAAUGGUGAUUACUCCUUCAUUUACUUGAGCCCCGAGGUUUUGUUGAACAACGCAAUCUUCACUAGAAUCUUUUUCAAUGAAACCUUCCAGAAUCGAGUUUCACUUGUGGUAGUGGACGAAGCGCACAUGAUUUACGUGUGGGGCUUGGUUGCCAGCGGAAAAUCGAAGAAGUUGUUUUCUCAUGGUCGCCAUCAGGAUCGAGCCGUCUUUCGUCCAUCGUACGGGGACAUCGCAUCUCGUCUUUUAGGGAUUGAUGCACCUAUACUCCUUCUGUCAGCAACUUGUCGGCCACAAGCCAUCAAAGGCAUACUUGCAAGCCUGAAAAUCAAUGAAGAGUCGAUUUCGUUUCGAAAUGCUGAGCUGAGCCGACCAGAUAUUCGUAUCGCUAGAGUCCCAAUGAAGGCUUCACUCAAAUCUUGUGACGAUCUUCUGAUGCUAUAUGGCCCACGUUCCUGUAUCCCAGACAAUGAAAUGAUUCCAUCAUUGAUUUAUUCUACCAGCAGAAAUCUCACCAUGCAAGUUUCAAAAGUUGUUCACGAAGCCCGUCGUAUCCCGGAAGGUCAUCACGAUCCUAACAGCACGUUUGCUCGCCGAUUCCAUGCUGUCACAGGUGACAAAAGCAAGAAGAAAACAACUGAACAGUUUGCAGCUGGCCAGUUUCCGGUCAUAUCCUGUACGAUGGCGUUGGGCCUUGGGCAGAACUGGAAGAGAGUUCGAUCAGUAAUCCAUCUUGGGAGGGGCGAUCCAGCAUCCAUCUGCCAGAUGAUCGGCCGCUGUGGCAGAGGUGGCUCACCAGGCUUGGCCUUGUUGUUUGUCGAAAAAUCUCGGAGGGGUGGGAAGAACAAAAUUGAAGAAUUCACUGACCCUACCAACCAAACGGACGAUGAGAGGAUGGAUGCGCUUGCAAUUACACCAGUCUGCUUACGGAUUUGCUUUGCAAUAGAUAACAAGGUUGGAUAUGUGCCAUUAUCCUACGAUGAUCCCAAUGCUACCCGCGAACGUGCCCACGAGAUCGCAUCAAAGUUUCCUCAGUGCUUGUGUUCAAACUGUGAACCACAGAAGAUGCAAAGCCUCCUAGACAACUUUCGACGGUUCCGGAACAACAAUUUUGACUUGUUUAUGGAAAACGGAGAAGACUUACCUGAAGAUCCUCUCAACAUCCCACUUGUGAGGCCAUCAACACGAGCAAAUUUUAGACUUGGUUCAACCAAAAAUCCGCUCGAUGAUGUUCUUGAAGAUUUAGCCGGUCGUCUGGUUGAUCGGUUUGAUGGCAUGUUCAAUGAAACAUUUGAUGUGGAGACAGCCGAGAUUCAAGCUGUGCAGAUGUUUGAUAUCCAACAAGCCAGACUGUAUGCUCUUGCGGUGAAGAGAGGGCUAUCUAAGCUUGAAAUCACUCGGCUUAUUGGGGGUGAGAUGAUUCAAGGCCAGAUGGAUACUUUGCAAUCGGUUGUGGAUCUUUAUUGCGAAGGAGACACUUACAGGCAGUACUUGGAAGGAAAAAAGAAACGAAAACGAAAUUAUACAGCGGUGGACACCUCAACUUCAAGUAAACCACCAACAAAAGCGGAAAUCGAGAGAGAGAGGAAGCGUGCUAAGUGGCUCAGCGACAGUAUUAUCUUGGAGGAAUACAAAGCUGAAAACGAAAAACGAAUCAGAGAGAAACAUCUGGAACCUAGCCACAAUCAAUCCUCUUCAUCCUCCUCAUCAUAA